CGCAGCCCUUGAAAAAAAAAAUCACAAUUAGGGUUUCUCCCAGAUUGCUAAAUCCUUAAUCCGCAUCUCCCCUCUCUCUGUGUUAGUAACAAUUCCGUUCAAAUUGGACGGUCGUAGCGAGAUGGACAUGGAGGUGGUGGGCCGCCACGCGCUUCUCUUCGACGACGACAACAACGCCUCGUUCGUCAAUUCACCCGACGCCCUCGUCGAGUGGAACUCGCUCUUCAUCGACCGCUACGAUGUUCGCCACCUCCUCCCCAACCCUAUGCCCCCUCGCACGCGCCGGCGACAUCUCACGCGCUCAUCCUCUUCGCCGCCGCCUUACCACGAUGCCGCGCUCGAGUCGGAGCUCGAUCAGGAGCGCUACCUCGAUUUGCCGUCGCCGUCCGAAGAACAGGAACAAGAACAAGGUAAAGAACCAGAGCAGGCAGAGGCUGGUAGCUAUCAUUCUGUUGGAUUCUCAUAUGGAAACCUAGAUGAAUUCACUUUGCAGAAGAAUAAUGAUCCCGAGCCUGUUUUCCACCCAGCCUUUCCAGUGCCAGAUAUCUUAAGUCAAAACCUUCCUCCAACGGAAAAGGUACAUCAGAUCAUUGCAAGAACUGCUUUAUUCGUUGCCAAGCAUGGUGGGCAGUCAGAAAUUAUUUUGAGGGUGAAACAGGGAGACAAUCCUACGUUCGGAUUCUUGAUGCCUGACCAUUACCUUCAUGCGUACUUUAGGUUUCUCGUCAAUCACCAAGAACUAUUGGAGUGUGACUCUGAUGGAAAGCCUCUACAUGAAGAGAAGAGAGCUGACAGUGGACUUGAUCAGACAGGUGGUGCGUUAUCUUUGCUUGGUUCUGUAUAUGGUUCUGGAGAGGAUGACGAUGGUAUAAUUGAGGAUGCACCUGAAUUGAGAAAACUCAAGUCUGAUGAAGCUAUUAAUUCUGCCAGUGCAUCCGUUCCUUGUGUAUCAGAACACCUAGAAUCUUCUGGAAAUGUAGCUGGGAAAACUGAUAUUGUUUCUACGAGUCCAUGUAUUCCCAAGAAAGAGAAAGUUAAUGUCAUAAAACAUAAUCGCAGCAUUACCACAGUUAAAGGUGGAGCUAUUAGUGGUAUGAAGAAAGAAGAUGGUGCCACAGGAUCACUAUCUACUGCUGCCAAUGACUCACAAGCUCCUGCUAUGCCUAGCACAUCCAAGGUUGAACUACCCAUUUUGGAGCCACCGGCUGAUCAAAAGAGAGUGGUUGAUAAAAUAGUUGAGUUUAUACUAAAAAAUGGUAGAGAAUUUGAAGCUAUUUUGAUUGAGCAGAACUGUAAACAGGGAAGGUUUCUGUUCCUUCAGCCAUCUAACCAGUAUCAUCCUUACUAUUUAAAAGUUCUUCAAAAAGCCCAGGAGUCCAAGGUAUCUGGCAAGGGCUUGGUUCCUGAGAAGCAUGAGUCCGUGGGGCAUGUAGUGGACAGUAAAGCUGCUGUGGAAGGUGAUAAUGUCUCUUCAGAAUCUGCUGGUCAUGAUUUGCCAUUUGAUUAUGACAGGAAAGAGAAGUUUAAGAUGGUAAUCGGCAACUCAAAGGAGGGAAAUGGUCCACCUCCCAAAGCUAACGAGGGUCAGUCUGGAGUCAGCCUGGAUGCGGUUGCAGCUAUUCUCCAGGCAGCCACAAGAGGCAAUAAGAAUCCAGGUUUAGAGAUGUUCCCAAAGUCAUCAAGUGGUAUAGGUCAACCUCCUACCAGUGAGGGUGGGCAAAAUUUGAGCUCCGGGAGUCUACAUACAUCUCAACUUCGCACUUCCGUUCAAAAGGCAAAUUAUUCUGGGGAGUCUCACGUUCCCGUCCCUGUUGCCAAGGCCAUUGCUGAGACGGCUGCUCUUGCAGCUGCAAAUGAGGCAGACUCCUCAGAAGCAUCCUUGACCAGAGAGCAGAAGUUGAAGGCGGAGAGAUUGAAACGAGCAAAGAUGUUUGCAGCUAUGAUAAAAAGUGGAUCUGCACCAUUGAAAAAUGAAUCAUUGCGUGGCUUAUCGGUUGAACCACCAGAAUCAGGGCUUUCCUCAUCAGGUAAUGUAAAUCUUUCAGUCAAAGAAAGAGAAGGCAGUUCAGUUCCAUUAGAAGCUGAUAUUUCGGAUAAGGUUGAGGAGUUACAGAAGAAAUUUGUUGCUGAUGAAUGUAAUGAGCGGCGUUCAAAGAGGAGCUACCGUUCUAAAAGGUAUGAAGGAGAAGAACUUGACAAUGAUUUGCAACAAGAGAAAGAGGAAGAAGAUAAAAAGGGUCACAAGAACUCUAGGAAGAAGCAUCGGUCUCAUCAUUCUUCAGAACACAGUAGGGACAGGCAUAAGCAUAAAAGACGUCAUAAGCAUGACAGUUCUGAUGACGAGAAGCAUCGGCACUCACGGCGUAGGCAUAAGAGAAAUAGCUCUGAUGAUGAACAUCAGCCUCAAAAAAGGCGCAAUCACGAUCGCUCUGAUGAUGAGCAUCGGAAUUCUCGACGUAGUGAUAGGCAUAGUGACUCUUCUGAGGAUGAGCACCAGCUUUAUAGGCGCCGGCACAAGCACAGCAACUCCUCUGAAGAUGAACAUCACCACCGCAGCAGAUCUGUAAAGCACAGGAAACCUGUGUCUGAAAAAGGAGCAGAGUUAGAAGAAGGCGAGAUCUACACAAAGUCAGAUCAAUCAAGAGCUAGUGAGGGUGCUCAUGCUAGUAGGGAAGCUUCCAUUGAUAUUUUGGAAUCACAUCAAAACGGAAGAGCUUCAUCGCAGACUUCGCAACCAACGGAGAUUUCCGAUGAACUUAGAGCUAAAAUCCGUGCUAUGUUGAUGUCAACUUUGUAGAAAGGGCACCGUUCCAGUUUUUCUUUUGUUGUAAGAACAGUUAUGAGUUUGUCACGAUUGUAUCUCUAUUUUUAAUGCUAGUAUCAGUUAAUUAUUUCCAA